AUGCUGAAGCCAAAGUUAAUCGAGACAGUCGUCAGCGUGAACGCGAUCACGCGAGCCGCCGAGAGACAACGACGCACACCGAGAGCGAUGGACGAAUCUAUCAUACAGCGCAUACGGUGUCAGAGGAUUAGGCAAGCUCAGGAUGAAGAGAAGUGGAUUGUGGAUCUGAAGAAGUACCUGGACGGGGAACGAGACUUCCUUCACCAUUAUCAUGCCAGUCUUGAAGGAGGCCAUCAAGGCGUCGGAAGGACAUACCGGAGGAUCCAAGCGCACUUUCACUGGCGUGGGCUGUAUCGCAGUACACAACGUUACGUGGGAGAAUGCACCGAUUGCGAAACCAGGAAGGGAAAGCCAACGGACCAGGGAGAAUCACCAGGAAAUAUCCAGGGUACAUACCCCUUCCAGAUUAUCUCCAUGGACCACAUUCCAUCGUUGCCAAAAUCGUUCAAAGGGAAAACCGAACUGCUGAUUUUGGGCCGACUUGUUCACCGGUUACCCAAGGCUGGCCCGUCGAGAGAGGCACAGGCAGUGGCUGAGAAUUACGAGGAAUGCGUCUUCCGUCGUUUCGGCGCAAGCGAAGUCAUCAGACAUGACCGGGAGCCUGGUUUUAUGUCGGACUUCUUCCGUGCCUUCAACCGGAUCGUGAAAAUGAGACCGAGCGCGACAAUGGCUUACCGCCCACAGGGGAACGGCAAGGCAGAGCGAACCGUGCAAACUCUGACACGAUCCCUGAAGGUGUACGUCGCAGACGUCAACCAACAAGACUGGGACGACUAUGCAGAGAGGCUGACAUUUGCGUUGAAGACGGCACAUGAUCGAGUGAGGGGAGAAACGUCGUUCUUCUUAGUCCAUGGAUGGGACCCG